AGUUCUUUUUAAAUUAUGUCCUGGAUUACAUGUUAGAUAUGAUAACGUCAGGGAGAAACGCCGAGGAUCAUUCCUCUACCGUUAUAGGCGUCUUCGGAUGCCUGAGAGUGAUUUUACCUUACAUAUGUAAACCCACAGAGCCCCAAGACGUCGAGACGCAGCAGACGGACAGCCUGUUACAUAUUUACGAAUUGUGUUUGCACUAUACGAAAUGGCAUUCCGAUCACAAUGUCGUAAAUGCGGCUUUAGAGACCUUGGCGCAACUUCUGAAAGCGCCGCCAAAGCCACUGGUGUCCGUUUUACUGUCCUCGCGGGGCAUAACGCAAAGUAGAAUAAUAUUAAAUCAAAAUGCAUGCAUUCCCUCGCUGGGCCACAUGAGCAUCUCCAGCGCCAGUACCGCUUACGGCGGCAAUUCGGAUUCCAUUUUGAACUUGCACGAGCCCGACAUUCCGGAGAUUACCCCGAACGCCGAGUGGAUCGCCGAUACGGAAACACUGUCGAUCACGAGCAAUACACAGACGCAGGACGAAUGUACGAGCGAUGCGACGGAGACGAAGGAGAAGAUAUUGGAGAAUUAUUGCAAUUUGAAAAUCGAAACCACCGACAAUGAUGUUACAGAAGAAGGCAGCGAUAUCGAAAGCGAGAUGGAAAAGUCCGAGAAAACGCCGUAUCCGAGCCUGCAAAAUGAACGCUCGAAGGGGGACGAUAAUUCCGAGAACACUCUGUCGUUCGCUUCCCCGAAGAAAUCCUCCCUGGAUUUCGCGCUGUACGAGACUUACGUCGGCAGUUUCACGGACUCGGAUAUGCCCGUCAAGUUUUGCUGCCGUUACCUGGUGUCGUCCUUUCUGCUGGCGGGCAGGCCCGGGCAACUGAUAUCGGACAAGUUAUUUCGCGUUAGCGUAAAGUCACUCGCACUGACAUGCGUGGGUUACAUUCUCAAACUUUAUCCGCACUUGUUUACCACGACCGUGGCCAAAGAGCCAAGCUGCAAUGAGACAAACCAAUUGAUUGCAGACAUUUUGCUAUUU